AUGACCAGCUUAUCAACCAAGCUCGCCGAACGCCAGGCUGCUGGCAAGCCAAUCCAGGUCGGACUGAUUGGCGCUGGCAAGUUUGGCUCCAUGUUCAUUUCUCAAUCACACCGAACUCCUGGUAUGCGACUAGCCGGCAUCGCAGAUUUGUCAGUCGAACGAGCUGUUGCCGCUUUGCAACGGACUGGUUUUCCCAACGAUCGAUUCGAUGAGACUGCGUCCUUAUCAGUCGAGGAUGGCAUCAAGGCAAACAAAGUCGCCAUCACACAAGACUCUGCUGCUUUGAUCGCAACACCCGGUAUAGAUGUCAUUCUGGAGGUCACUGGUAGCCCAGCUGCUGGUAUUCGGCAUGCGUUGCUCUGCUGUGAGCAUAAGAAGCAUAUUGUGAUGAUCAAUGUGGAAGCGGACGUACUCGCUGGUCCUUUACUGGCACGCAAAGCACGCGAAGCCGGCAUAAUUUACAGCAUGGCGUACGGAGACCAACCCGCCUUGAUCGCCGAAUUGGUGGACUGGGCUCGGACUGCCGGUUUCGAUGUCGUGUGCGCAGGGAAGGGUACAAAACAUCUGCCUCAAUAUCAUCAGUCGACUCCAGACACAGUCUGGGAUCAUUAUGGCUUUACCAAAGAGCAACUGGCAUCGGGCGACUUCAACCCUCAAAUGUUCAAUAGCUUCCUCGACGGCACCAAGUCGGCAUUGGAAAUGGCUGCUGUGGCGAACGGAUGUGAUCUCACACCUCCUGACAACGGCUUGUUAUUCCCACCUUGUGGUACUCACGAUCUACCACACGUGCUGCGGCCCAAAGAAGACGGUGGCCUGCUUGAUAAGAAGGGCACAGUCGAGGUGGUCUCCUGUCUAGAGACAGAUGGUCGUGCAACCCACAACGAUCUGCGCUGGGGAGUGUAUGUGAUCAUUGAGGCACCUGGCGAGUAUCAAAAAGAAUGUUUCAAGCAGUACGGACUGCAGACUGACAGUACAGGCAAGUAUGCCGUCCAGUACAAACCGUACCAUCUGAUCGGGCUCGAAUUGGGCAUCUCAGUCGCCACAAUCAUGUGUCGAGGAGAGCCAACAGGUCAAACACGAACAUGGGCGGGCGACGUAGUAGCAACUGCCAAACGCGACCUCAAAACAGGAGAGAAACUAGAUGGCGAGGGAGGCUUUAUGGUCUACGGACGACUGAUCCCUGCCGAAGCUUCGAUGAAAAUCGAAGGACUGCCUAUAGGGCUCGCUCACGGCAUCGUUCUCAAAAACGAUGUCAAGCAGGGACAAGGUCUGAGCUGGAACGAUGUCGAAUACAGCGAUAAGACCCAAGCAGUCGGGAUUCGGAGGGAGAUGGAAGCGCUCUUCCGGGAAGAAUUCCAACAACAGAGACGUGAUACCGUCACGAACGGUACAAACGGGACAUAG